AUGCACUUCCCCAAUGGCCAAAACGCAUGGCCGCCGCCUACCAUGUCGAAUUCCAUCGGCGCGCGGUCGUCCCAGUCGAAACCCGAUGAUGCUGCCGCCAGAACGUCGACGCCAGUUGAUAACUUCCCCGUGUUGAUGCCUGAGGCAUCCAACGCAUCCGACCUCGAAGACGACGCCCGACGCGCCCACUUCGCCGAUCUCUAUCGCAAGAGCGAGGCGAAGAUUGCGCGGCUCUUCUACGAGGAUGGCAGUUACAAUGAGGCCGCGAUAGCCGAGCUUGAGCACCCCGUACUUGCCCCUGCACCCCCUACCGCCGCCUUGAUCCCCGCCACCACCGACCAUACCCCUGCACAGGAACCUCCGCGCAAGAAAGUGAAGAGAACCAUUGACGAAGAUGAUUACGAUGACGAUGAAGAUGAGGAGGAGGAAGAAGAAGACAAUGCUAAAGCGACGACAUCCCUCUCCCACAUCAAGGGUAAGAGCGUCGCCGAGGCAUCUGCCGCCGCCGCCGCCGCCUCUUUGCUUUCGCCGUCCAAGUCCGAUAGUCCGGCUGGUCCUCCAUCCGCAACAUCUCCUCCUGGUAGCCACGCGGCGGCCGACAAGUCUUCCAAGGAUGGCGAGUCCUCGUCCGCCUCCCAAAGCCAACAACCCAAGACGAGCGAAGACGCGCGGAAGCAACUCGAGGAAGCGCGCAACGCCACCGAAGAGGAAGUGCGCAAGAGCUUUCAUACCCUCUUUUACACCCUCGAAAACGACCGUACCGCCAUGAUCGAGCAGCAGCAGCUCGAGGAAUCCGAGAAGCAACUGCAAGCCGAAAUGGACAACAACAGCCAUAAUAACAGCAGCGGCGCCAACUCGAGUUCCCAGAACGGUCAUGGAUCCCUAAGUAGUGCCAACCUCGGCGCCUCCAGUCUUACGCUGAAGCACCUCAUCGCCCGCAUCGAUAUGAAGCGUGACCAGGUGCGCGCUUCCGAUGCCGAGCUCCGUCUCCUGAUGAACGAGGUCCGGAAGAAUAGGAGUAAAUGGGCUAGUGAGGAGAAUGUGAAUCAGGAGGAACUGUAUGAGGCAUUGGAGAAGGUCUUGACGGAGCUCAAGGCCCAUACCGAGUAUUCUACCCCCUUCUUGACGAGGGUGAACAAACGUGAUGCUCCCGAUUACUAUAAUUUCAUCAAACAACCAAUGGAUUUGGGCUCAAUGACGAAAAAGCUCAAGUCUCUCACGUACAAGUCAAAGGCCGAAUUCGUCACCGACCUGAACUUGAUUUGGGACAACUGCCUGAAAUACAAUCAGGACAUGAACCAUCCCCUGAGAAGAAUGGCGAACGGUAUGAGGAAGGAGGCUGAAAAACUCAUCCCCCUCAUUCCCGAUCUAGUCAUCCGCUCGAGAGCCGAAGUCGAGGCCGAGGAGAGACGGAAACAAAACGGAGGAGAAGACGACAACGGCGAGGAUUCCGACGACGAGCCCAUCAUGUCGUCGCGCGGCCGCAAAGCCGGUGCUAAGGGGUCCAACAAGUCUCGCAAGGCGCAUUCGAAGAAGAAAGAAGGCACCCCUAACGUCGACCAAAAACCCCAUUUGCAGGUAAAUGGGAUAUUGGCCAAGCAAGGCCGCGAGGGUUCCGAGGUCGACGGCAGCGGGUUCGGCACCCCUAUCGGCGGAUCGGCUACCCCUAGUGGCAUCAACGGCCUUUCUCUUGGUGUCGGAGGUGUCGGUAGCAACGGCGACGCCAUGGACCUCGAUGGCCCGUCUCUUAACGAGAUGGCGUUGGGGGAGGCGCUCGGCGAGGCUGCCGCCCAGGCCUACGAAGAUGAGGAGUACAAAAUCUGGAAGCAGGUCACGAAGAAAGACAGGGCUCUCGUCGCCAAGGAGAGAUUCGCGCUGUUCAAGGACAACCACUUGAAUGUCGACGCACCCGCCCUGUUAAGAUCCAAGGCCGCCAUGAGACGGUUCCUCAAGGGACAGAAGCAGGCUGAGAGGCAACAGGCUAUCGCGAGCGAUUCGCAGGCUGAUGCCUCGGGUCCAGCGGUGAAUGAACCUCAAACCAAUGAGACUCUCGCCGAGGAGAUGCAGGGCGAGGAAGUCAGGGUCAUUCCGGACUAUUACGAACCGUUGAGCCUUGUUCCUGGCGUUACCCCUUCGCUCCGUUGGACGGAGGACGGUGAGGGACAGGUUAUCAAUCACCACGAAUGGUCUCUCAGUCUCGUCCCCCCCGAGCACUUUAGGUCACCGGUUAGCGCGUUUACGAAGAGGAUGGAAUCGAAUAUUCGGCAGAUUCAGGAGACGAGGAGAUUGGCGACAAAGAUAUCUGUGAUUAAACAAAUGCAGAUUCAAUCUCAGGUCUACGCAAAUCAAUUCCCAAAAUCCAAUUUUGAUCCUUUCGUGGAGGUUGACGUCGACCAACACUUCAUCUCGGACCAAGGUCCAGUCAUGGCUCGAGACACAUGCCAGGAUGCGCUUAAGCGCUCCGUGGGCAAGAUCUUGUACCAAGCUGGUUUCGAGGAACUGCAGCCAGCCGCCGUUGACACUCUCACAAACGUCGCUGCCGACUACUUUCAAAAGCUCAUACGAACCUUUAACCUCUACCGAGAGGCGGACAAGAAGCCAGCCCCCAGCACUGCCGGUGUCAAGCUCCAGCCGCGGUUCACACCGGAAGAAGUCUUGCUCCACACGCUUGACGAGAACGGUUGCGACAUUGCAUCCCUGGAGGCCUUUGCGCGAGACGAGGUGGCGCGACUCGGCACGAAGUUGUCGGGCAUCCACGAUCGCAUGAAGUCGCACCUCGCGGACUUGCUCCGACCUGCUCUUCAGGCAGACGCCGGAGCGGAUGGUGCUGGCGCCUUCAAAGACGGUAGCGAGCAGUUCGUUAGUGGCGAUUUCGCCGAAGAGCUCGGCGAAGACUUCUUCGGCUUCCGCUCGUUGGGUCUCGAAAAGGAGCUUGGCCUCGAUACCCUGUCCGUUCCUCUUCACCUGCUGCAGUCCCGCGUGCGAAGCCAAUACCAGCAAGCCCAGUCAUCGGGCGCCGCGAACGUCGACCUCCUCGACACGCUGCCGCCCUGCGAGCCCGUCACUAAGGAGAACAUCCAAGACCAGAUCGGCCUGGUCAAGAACUUCUUCCUCGCCAAGCUUCACGCGAACGGCGACCAGCCGCUCGUCGAGGACGAGGACCUACCGCCCAAACAGCGCCGACCUCGCCCGCGCCUGGGCGCCACCGGCAAGAUCUCCUCGCCGCAGAAGCGUCCGCUCAAGGAGCAGAUUGCGCUGGCGCGGAAGAAGAAGAAGCUCGAGGCGCAGAUGGCCGAGGCCAAGCUGAAUGCCGAGAAAGGUGGCGGCACCGGCUCGGCGAAUACGACUCCCGCCAAGAAGUUGAAGAACAUACCGAACCUUAAUGGGUCGGGGCCGAAUCCAGCGGUGUUGGCGCUUGGUGCGCCGGCGAUGGAGAGGGUUGAUAGUUUGCAGAGUCAGGGGCAUGCUAGUCAGACUGACAAGGAUGAGCCGAAUGGCAUGAUGAGCCCGGAAAGCAUUGAUAGGUGA